AUGUCCACUGCACCUCCAGUGCGCCUGGCCGCAGGGAAGCCUGCCACAUCCAUCGUCAAUCCGGUGAAGAGAAAGGCCAAUGUUCUAGAAAUGCUCUCCUACGUCCACAGCCUCGGCAUUGACCACAUUCGAGAAGCGGACAUGGUGUGGAUUGCAGAAGAGGCCUACAAUGCAUCUUUGCCUCCGGGCUGGACAGAGCAUGUCGAUGCCAAUGGCCGGACCUACUUCUACAAUACCAACCGCCGUGAGUCACUGUGGAAGCAUCCACUAGACCAGGAGUUUGUCGAGAUUGCCAACUACUGGAGGAGAGCCAUCAAAGCGGGCGGUUUCUGGGACAUUGAUGAGGAGCUGGCCGAAAUGGAAGAGCAGAUCCGGGCAAGUUUGGCUGACUGGAUGGAGCUCUAUGAUGAGACCGGCCACAAGUUCUUCUUCAAUCGCAAAACGGAAGAGAGCCUUUUCAAUGACCCUCGCCACAUCACCUAUCAUAGCUUGUACACUCGGAUAAGGUUUGUGAACAUGAUGAAGGAGAAGCUGCCAUUGUUGGCGCUGGCCCCUCGUGCUACUGAUCCGAUUGUCAAUAUCUCAGAGCUUGAGCGGCAGCAGAAGGCAGCGGAGGCCAAAGCGCUUGCGUCGGUCACGCGGAUGCAGGCGGCCGUGCGAGUCAUGCUUGCAAGGCGAAAAGCGCGGCUCCUCCAAGCCAAGCGAUGCCUGAACCGAGUUCCGCAUGACAUGAAAGGGAAGCUGCGCCUGACGGUCCGAACGGCGGUGCCCGGCACCAACCAAACUGAGUGUGUGCUGCGGGUGACUUCGUCCUACCGUCGCAAUCGAGCAGCAAGCAAAAUCCAGGCACGCAUCCGUGGCUUCCUAGCACGAAGACGGUACAGACCGAUGCGAGACCACCGACGCUAUUUGAUCCAGAACACCAUCAGGAUCCAAAGGGCAAUCCGCCGUUGGCUCUCAACCUUGGCUGAUGUGAAGGCAGCCCGACAGGCAAGGGUACAGGCUGUUAUUCGAAUGCAGUGCUGGGCACGGUCAAUAGCUGCACGUAAGCUUUAUGCGGAGAAGCUUGGUGCCAAAGCAACUUUUGUGAAGCUCAAGCAGGCUGGCACGGCAGACCGUGCCAUGUGCGCCAGUGGUUGGCCAAGCGACGUGUCCGAAACUCAAGCUACACUGAAAUACACACCAUCCGUGCGGAUGAUUCAGCGCCAGAUGAAGGUCUUCAAAGCCAAGGCCGAGCUGAUGCAGCACUUGCGGAACCACGAGCCGGUGGACCUCAUUUUUCACCUCACCUCUGGCCAAAAGGGAAGCAAGAUCUUGCCAUUUGUUUGGAAGCUGGGAAUGCUACCAGUUGGUGAGGAUGGGAAAGUCAUCAAUCCCGAGGCCUUUCGGGAUCAAAAACGGCUGGAGAAGAUGAGACGGCAAGCAAAAGUCUACCGCAAGCAGAAGGAGGUAGAGGACGCCGUCGGAGGCCCAAAUCUAUAG